AUGGAGAAGAAACAAGACUAUGUCCCCUUUCGUGUUCCUCAGGCAAAGACGACAAAAGACCUUGAGGGUAUGUAUUGGGAUGCUUUUACUCCGGUGAAUACGAUAUCCCACGUCCGUUCGAAGUCAUUGAAAUUUUCCCCCAUCGACAGUUAUACAUUUGCUGUAUGUAGUGAAAUGUCGAUUUUCUUGCAUCGAGUUGCGGAAGAUAAAACACGACAGAUGUCGCGCCAUAAGAGUGAUAUAACUGUAUGUGAGUAUCGAAGAGAUGGUUUAGUCAUCGCCACUGGCUGUGCAGGGGGUGCUGUCAAAGUAUUUGAUCUUUCAACGUACAACGUCAUAAAAACGUUUAUAGAGCACAAACAACCAGUGAACGCACUUUGUUGGGCCAAUGGGAGUUUAUAUUCCGGGUCUUCUGACAAGACUAUUAAGUGCUGGGAUUUGACUUCUAAGCACUCCAUUAAAACAUAUACCCACCACACAGACGCUGUUCGAUGCUUAGCUGUCUGUCCGACAAACCCUAAUUUAAUUGCUUCGGGGUCGUACGACCACACCGUACAACUCUUCGACACAAAAGAAAACAAAGUGAUACAAACCCUCGAGCAUUCGUUCCCCGUCGAGUCGAUAGCAUUCCACCCGGUCGGUUCCAUCUUAGCUGUUGCUAAUGGAGAAAAUAUUAAUAUAUGGGAUAUCGCAACACAGACACUUUUGUACGACUACGCCUGUCACACAAACGAUAUUAAUACCGUCUUCUUCGACAGCGACGGGCAGAGACUCUUUUCUUCGUCUUUUGAUGGUAACUUGAAUGUCUACGAAACAACGAAAUACACGAAAUUGCAUAAUAUCACUUACCCGGCCCCAGUCAUCUCGUUCGCAAUGAAUAAAGACGAGACGAUGUUUGUUGCAGCAUUGAAUACCGGCGAAGUCAUUGUGAAUCAGAAAAACGCCACGAAGAAGGUUGAGAAUGCGCCGUCGUCUGCAAAGUACUUUUUCCAAGGGAAGUCCCUUGCACAAGUCAAACCUACGAAGGGCGGGAAUUAUUUUGCGAAUCUCUUGAGACAAAUCAAAUACUCCGAAGCGCUGGAUAAAGCACUUGAGACCCGCGACGAGACGAUUAUCAUGACAAUCAUUCGAGAAAUUAUUUAUAGAAAUGGGAUGAGAGUCGCGUUGAUUAAUCGCAAUGAAAACACUUUACAACCAUUGAUGUCGUUUUUGAUCAACUCGAUUCCAAACCCUAAUUACACCAAGAUCAUCAUCGAAGUCAUUUACCAGUUACUGGACAUCUACAUCUCAAAGCUUGGAAAGAGCGCACUCUUCGAUGACAUGUUCUUCAAGCUCCAGAAGAGAUUGGAGAAGGAAAUCCAACUCAACAGAAACAUGCAGGAGCUCCUUGGGCAAAUCGACUUGAUCAUCGGCGCUGCAGAGUGUUCAAGGAAAGAUUGA